AUGUGCACCCAGCCGGCCAAGCAGGUCUACCUCGUUACCUGGACGAGCGGGCCUGACAAUCGAUUGACUUCUUCCUUUUGCAAAGCCGUGACCCUCGCGUUGGACAUUAUCGAGCAGCGAUACGAGCCCGGCGUCGUCAUCACCACCUCUGGCAUCCCGAAAUUCUACAGCAAUGGCCUCGACCUCGACCACGUCCGGGCCACGCCGGGCUUCUUCAAAAACUACAUGUAUCCCCUCUGGCAUCGACUGCUGACGUAUCCCAUGCCCACCGUGGCGCUGGUCAACGGCCAUGGCUUCGCCGGCGGCUUCCUCGUGGCCAUGAUGCACGACUACCGCAUCAUGAACCCCCAUAAAGGGUAUUUGUGCAUGAAUGAGAACGAGCUGGGCGCGCCGCUGCGGCGUCCCAUGGCUUCCAUCUUCCGGGAGAAAGUGUCGCCUCAGACAUACCGCAAGAUGAUUUUGGAGGCUCACAGGUUUAAGGCUCUCGAAGCCAUGCAGGAGGGCGUCGUGGACUGGUUGGGUGGAUUGGACGAAGCAUUGGCGCACAUUGACGAGUUCAAGCUGGUGCAAAAGUCUCAAAAGGGCGUCAGUGGGAGGGUGGUAUAUGGACAUCUCAAAGCCGAGAUGUGGCGUGAAACCGUGAACUAUCUCCUAGAGUGGAGUGAAGAUGCGAUGUUGUGGCAGCAGAACGAGCACCAGCAUGAUGUUGAGACGAAGAAGAGAGAGCGGAAGGUACAGGAGUGGGAGAAGAGCAAGGCGAAGUUGUGA